AGCAGCGGAAGAGGCGCGACUUGGUUUGCGGCUCGCUAUGUCCACGAACAAUAUGUCGGACCCACGCAGGCCCAAUAAAGUGCUGAGGUACAAGCCCCCGCCCAGCGAGUGUAACCCCGCCUUGGACGACCCCACGCCGGACUACAUGAACCUGCUGGGAAUGAUCUUCAGCAUGUGCGGGCUCAUGCUUAAGCUGAAGUGGUGUGCUUGGGUCGCUGUCUACUGUUCCUUCAUCAGCUUUGCCAACUCCCGGAGCUCAGAGGACACCAAGCAGAUGAUGAGCAGCUUUAUGCUGUCCAUCUCUGCAGUGGUGAUGUCCUAUCUGCAGAAUCCUCAGCCCAUGACGCCCCCGUGGUGAUAUCAGCCUGGAGAGGUGGCAUCCAGGGCCCCUCUGUGCACCUUCUCCCAGGCCUGGCCUUUGGCUGCUCGACCUACUGUAGCUGC